AUGUUCAACGAAAAUGACCGUUCCGUUGAAGAACCCUAUCGAAAGAAACGACAAGACUAUAUGAUGUCAUCGGGCAGUUUUGACGAGGUCGAGAAAAGCGUCCUUGCCACAUUCAUGUGCCCAGUUGGACCACCCGGACCUCGAGGAAGACCUGGACUACCAGGAGAAGCUGGUCCACCAGGUGAAGAUGGGAAACCAGGUCCUAACGGCAAAUCAAUUACUUCAUUCUCUCCUCGCGGAUGCAUUGUGUGCCCUAUGGGUCCGAUUGGACCGCCUGGGCCCGAGGGACCAAGAGGCGCUCCAGGUCGAAACGGAUGGAUUGGAAAUGAAGGUAGAGCUGGACGCCAUGGCGAAAUGGGUCCCAUGGGCCCGCCAGGAGACAAAGGAGAAGAGGGUCCACGUGGCGAGCCUGGAUACCCAGGAGUUUCUGGGCGGCUUGGAUUCCGCGGGAAAGGAUUGCCUGGUCCACAAGGACCACCGGGAACGCCCGGUGAUGCUGGAGCGAAUGGACCGCACGGAGUUCACGGAGAACCAGGACAACGGGGACCACCAGGAGAACCCGGUGCGAUCGGAAAUCCAGGAGAACAAGGUGUUGACGGCAGACAAGGAUCGCCAGGAAUUCGAGGACAACCAGGCGAAGACGCGGCAUACUGUAGCUGUCCUGCAAGAUCGCAUUUGCUUGUCGAUGUAGAAUAA